AUGGCCCAUCUCACACCAGAGUAUAUCUUGCACCUUUACGACACCUUCGGAGAGCUCAGGGUGCUCGACGAUAUCAUCCGCCAUCGUUCCAAAGAUAAUCCUCCUGCUCCUAUCUUGGGAUACCCUAGAGUUGAAGAUAACCCAAGCGAUUACGAGACCUUUACUGGUCAGCAACUCGAUUCAUUCGUUGAUGCUGCUUGCAAAUACUUCAUCGAAAAUGGCUUGAAACCUGGCGGAAAAGAGGUUAUUGGUGUAUACUCCCCGUCCAAUGUCGACUUCGCCGUCACCUUCUUCGCUCUCAGUCGUCUGGGCUACACUGUCCUAUGUCUGUCACUUCGUAUAGCACCCAUAGCUAUCAUCAACCUUCUCGAGCAAACUAAAUGCGAGGUCAUAAUCCGUGGUGAUACUUCACAGAUCGCUGCUACCUGCGAUGCCGUCGCACAGGAGACUACUCUUAAAUCUGUCGUUAUUCCUAUGCGUGCUCAGUACGGAGUACCACGCCCAGCAAACGAGAAGCUGUUCACAAGAGAAUUUGAUCGUGAAGUUGAGACAAAUGAAAUCGCUCUCGUCAUGCACAGUUCUGGAUCAACCGGUCUACCUAAACCAGUCUUCCUUACUCACAAGAAUGUGUUGACUCAUCCAGUGCAAGGUGCUGGGUUGCACAAUUUUGGUGCACUUCCAUUAUACCACAUGUAUGGUCUAUCAACAACACUCCAAGCGAUGUACAUGGCAAAGAAAGCAAACUUGCCCAGUGCCACUCUGCCAAUGACAGCAGACAAUCUUAUGCUUGCAAUCGAAGCAACACAACCUGAGGUCUUCCACGCUGUUCCAUAUGCUUUGGGACUCUUGACUGAGCACCCAAGAGGUAUGGCAUACCUCAAAUCGGCCAAAAUUGUUACCGCAGCUGGAGCCCGUACUCCCGACGAGCUUGGUGAUCUUUUGGCUGCGGAGAAGGUCAACAUUGGUGUCGUGUUUGGAACUACCGAAGCAGGUCUUCUUGGUGACACUAUGCGUCGCCCUGAUGGAGAUGAUUCAUGGAACUACGUGCGAAUCUACUCCAACAUCCGAAGCUCCAUCUACAUGGAUCCAAUUGGAGAAAAUCAAUUCGAGUGUGUCUACCUCAAGAGUCAUCCAGGAUUGUCCGUCUCGAAUUCGGAUGAUCCCGCACCAGGUUCAUGGCGCUCAAAGGAUGUGUUCUCGCCCCAUCCAACCAUCCCUGAUACUUGGAAGUAUGUGACUCGUCUUGAUGACCGUGUUACCUUGAGCAAUGGAGAAAAGGUUCUGCCACUUCCUAUUGAAGGUCGUCUUCGACAAGAAGAAAUCAUCCGUGAAGCUGCUGUCUUCGGUGUGGACAGAGCCAUUCCGGGUGUUCUGAUCUUCAGAGCUUCCGAUGAACUACCAGAUGACGAAUAUCUCGAGGCUAUCUGGCCAGCUGUCGUUGACGCCAACUCUCGUGCUGAGGGAUUCUCUCAAAUUACCAAGGACAUGGUUGGUCUCGUACCUUCAGAUAUCGAAUAUCCAAAAACCGAUAAGGGAAGCAUCAUUCGCGCACAAAUCUACAAAAAGUUCGCGGAUAAGAUUGAUGAAUUGUAUGAAAGUUUCGAUGGAGACGCGGAAGGAACUCUGAAACUCGAUCUAGCUGGAACUGAAACUUUCCUGACCGAGACCUACGAAGAAAUUACAGGCCACCCUCUGGAGUCUAUUGAUACUGAUUUCUUCAAUGCCGAUAUUGACAGUUUGAGAGCCAUUCAAAUGAGACGUACAAUCCAAAAGACCCUCGACUUGGGCGGCCAACAAUUGAGCAGUAACGUUGUCUAUGAACAUGGAACUGUCAAAGCUCUAGCGCAAUACUUGUUCUCCUUGAGUUCUGGUGAAGGUGAACAAAACGAGGAUAAGGUCCCAUUAAUGGAAUCACUGAUUCAGAAGUACUCCACUUUUGGAGAGAUCUUGACUGGUGGUACUGGUUCAUUGGGUGCACACGCCUUGUACCAAAUGGUCAACAGCCCUAAGUUCAGAAAGGUAUACUGCCUUGUUAGAGGAGAAAACCCAAUGGACAGAAUCUUGAAAUCUAUCAAGGACCGAGGAUUAUCUCUUACCCCUGCAGCAAAGUCUAAGGUUGUCGCAUUUACUGCUGAUCUUGCUCUGCCUGAUCUCGGCCUUGGUAAAGCUAUGAUUGAGCAAUUCAAGACUGAAGUCUCACUCAUCAUUCACUUGGCCUGGUCCGUAAACUUCAUCAUCAGUCUACAAAGUUUCGAGCCCCAUCUUGCUGGUUUGAAGAACCUUUUGGAUCUCUCGCUUGCCGUCUACCGUUCAGAACCCGCUCGUCUGUUCUACGCUUCCUCCAUCUCCACGGCCGAAAACACACCAGCUCCAGCUCUCAUCCCAGAUGCACCAAUUGAGGAUUUCCAUAAUGCAUUGAACAUGGGUUAUGCUCAAUCUAAACUGGUCGGCGAAUACAUGGUUCUCAACGCUGCUCGCGGUGGAGCACGAGCUUACGCUCUCCGCAUUGGACAAAUUGUUGGAGAUAGAGAAAACGGUUUCUGGAACGAAGCCGAAUUUGUGCCCUCCAUGAUCCGAUCUGCUCUUUCCAUGAAAGCUCUCCCAAUAUUCCACGAGAACUGCUCUUGGAUUCCAGUCGAUACCCUCGCAACCGCCAUCCUAGAGAUUGACGAGAAACUCAAGGCUGAUCCCCGACCAUGCGCCGUCGACAGCACCAACCCUCCCAUCAUUUACAACAUGGUUAACCCAGCCACUUUCACCUGGGAAUCACUUCUCGGCGCACUAUCCAAUGCCGGUCUCGAUUUUGAAGCCAUCUCCUUCGGAAACUGGUUACAGAAACUCCGAGAAUCAGCUGCAAAUGGUCAGGAAGAAGAGAACCCCGCCGUCAAACUCUUGGAUCAUUUCGAACAGCGAUAUCUCCAAAGUAACAACGGUCAUGAAUAUAGUGGUGCGGAAGCUGACACGGCUUCAAGCGGUACAAGCAGUCCUCGAAGCAGCGUCUCCGGAGCUACUCCUUCGAGCAGCAAGGCUACUAGUAUCAGCGAUUACGAAAUCGUCGGUGUGGCUUUUGAUACAAAAGCUAUAUUGAGGGAUAGUAAGGUUUUGGAAAAUCCCCCAGAUAUUAUUCAGGAUGGGUAUGUCAAGCAGUUUUUGAGCCAAUGGUUGAAAAAGUGGGUUAAGUGA